AGAAAGUGUGUGUGAGCUGAAUUGAGCAGCAUGGAUCAGUGUGAGGACAGAGAGGAGGGAGUCCCUCCCUCUAAAAGCACUCUGUGUGGGGAACAUGAGAGCCAGACCAAAGCUCAGAGGAACCAACGAGGAACUAAACGCAAACACAAACCUGAACCCAGCUGUGUGUCCCUAAGGAGUGAUGCGUCUAAAGAUCUCCUCAUUGAUUUUAAAGUCCAGCCUGUGUCUGCUGCAGAGAGACUGACUGAAAUCCACAAGAAGAUGAUGAUGGAGGAAGAGGAGGACAGAGCAGAGUCUGCAGGGUCCAGCUGUCCGUCUGUGAGGAGUGACCAGUCCAAAGAUCACCCUCCAGUCUUCAGUGGUGAACCUGGACCAACGAGAGGGAGGAAGAGGAGUGGUGUUUGUGAGGAGGAGCAGCUGUCCUGCUGUGCUUUGUGUCAGGACGUCCUGAAGGAUCCAGUCUCUACCAGCUGUGGUCACUGGUUCUGCAGACAGUGCAUCUCCUCAUACUGGGACCAGUCUGCUUCAUCAGGAGACUCCUCCUGUCCCCAGUGUGGAGAAAGAUCCAGAACCAGAGCUGGACUGCAGACAGCCAGUCAGAGCAGCUGUGUACAAACAGAUGUUGGUCUGCAGGAGGUUUUAGAUGAACAUAAGAACAGUCUGAGGAGGAGAUGUGAACGUGUGACUGAAGGAAGUGAUGAAACAGGAAGUAGAACCCUCCUCAACAGGAUCUACACUGAGCUCUACAUCACAGAGGGACAGAGUGAAGAGGUUCAUACCCAACAUGAGGUGAGGCAGCUGGAGACAGCUUCCAAGAUGGACGCCCUCCAUGACGCUCCAAUCAGGUGCCAGGACAUCUUUAAAGCCUUCCCUGACCAACAGAGACCCAUCAGAGUGGUGCUGACCAACGGCGUUGCUGGUGUUGGAAAAACCUUCUCAGUGCAGAAGUUCACUCUGGACUGGGCAGAGGGCUUGGAGAACCAACAUGUCAGUGUGCUGGUUCUGCUUUCAUUCAGGGAGCUGAACCUGAUCAGAGAUGAGCAGUACAGUCUUCUGGAGCUGCUCCAUGUUUUCCAUCCAACAUUACAGAAGGUCACAGCAGAGAAGCUGGCUGUCUCUCAGCUUUUGUUCAUCUUUGACGGCCUGGAUGAAAGCAGACUUUCAUUGGAUUUCACCAACAGGAAGCUGCUGUCUGAUGUCACACAGAAGUCAUCAGUCAGCCAGCUGCUGACAAAACUCAUCCAGGGGAAUCUGCUUCCCUCGGCUCUCGUCUGGAUAACUUCCCGACCUGCAGCAGCCAAUCAGAUCCCUCCUACAUGUGUUGACAGGCUAACAGAAGUACGAGGCUUCACUGACGCCCAGAAGGAGGAGUACUUCAGGAGGAGAUUCAGUGAUGAAGAGCUGUCCAGCAGAAUCAUCUCCCACAUGAAGACAUCCAGGAGCCUCCACAUCAUGUGUAGUAUCCCAGUCUUCUGCUGGAUCACUGCUACAGUUCUGGAGCACAUGUUGACUACAGAGCAGAGAGGAGAGCUGCCCAAGACCCUGACUGACAUGUACUCAUACUUCCUGCUGGUUCAGACAAAGAGGAAGAAGAACAAGUACCAUGAGGGACAUGAGACGAGUCCACAGGAGCUGACGGAGGCUGACAGGGAAGUUCUUCUGAAGCUGGGGAGGCUGGCGUUUGAACAUCUGGAGAAAGGAACCAUCAUGUUCUACCAAGAAGACCUGGAGCAGUGUGGUCUGGAUGUGACAGAGGCCUCAGUGUACUCAGGAGUUUGUACAGAGAUCUUCAAAAGAGAGUGUGUGAUCUUCCAGAAACCAGUCUACUGCUUUGUUCAUCUGAGCAUUCAGGAGUUUCUGGCUGCUGUCUACAUGUUCCACUGUCACACCAACAGGAAGACAGAAGUGCUGAACAAGUUCCUGGGGAUAGACUGGAAUGAGGAUGAGGAGUAUGAUAAUGAUGAUGACAGUUACAGUGAUAAUUAUCAUGAUGAGGACGUUUUGCACAUGAUGAAGUCAAAUAAAGUGGGCAUGAGCACCAGGAACACAGAGAUGGUGGAUUUUUGUACAUAUUCUGAUUCUGACUCUGACGAUGAUUAUAAUUUGAUUCUUCAUCCGUUUCCCCACAUUAAACCAUCUCUGGGUGAAUCCUCUGUGGAUGAGUUUCUAAAGAGAGUCACGUAUAAAUCCCUCCAGAGUAAAAAUGGCCACCUGGACCUGUUUGUUCGCUUCCUUCAUGGCCUCUGUCUGGAGUCCAACCAGAGACUCUUAGGUCUGCUGGGUCAGACAGAGAUCAGUCCAGAAACCAUCCAGAGAGUCAUCAACAACCUGAAGGAGAUGAACAGUGAUAAAAUCUCUCCUGACAGAAGCAUCAACAUCUUCCACUGUCUGAUGGAGAUGAACCACCUCUCAGUACAUCAGGAGAUCCAAGAGUUCCUGAAGUCAAAGAACAGAUCAGAGGAGGAACUCUCUGAGAUCCAGUGCUCAGCUCUGGCCUUCAUGCUGCAGAUGUCAGAGGAGGUUCUGGAUGAGUUGGACCUGCAGAAGUACAACACAUCAGAGUGGGGACGACUGAGACUGAUUCCAGCUGUGAGGAACUGCAGAAAGGCUCGACUGACCUGGUGUGGACUCUCAGAGUCUCACUGUGAAGUUGUGGCCUCAGCUCUGAAGUCCAACCCUUCCCAUCUGACAGAGCUGGACAUGAGUAACAACAACCUGCAGGAUUCAGCAGUGAAGCUUCUGUGUGCUGGACUGGAGAGUCCAAACUGUCGAGUGGAGACUCUGAGAUUGUGGGACUGUGGUUUGUCAGAGAUCAGCUGUGAUUAUCUGGCAGCAGCGCUGAAGUCCAACCCCUCCCAUCUGAGAGACCUGGACCUGAGCAUCAACUUCAACCUGCAGGAUCCAGGAGUGGAGCAUCUGUGUGGUUUCCUGGAGAGUCCAGGAUGUGGACUUGAAACUCUGAGACUGAAUCACUGUGACCUGUCAGAGAGAAGCUGUGAAGCUCUGUCCUCAGGUCUCAGCUCUAAGUCCUCUAAUCUGAGAGAGCUGGACCUGAGUAACAAUAACCUGAAGGAUUCAGGUGUGAAGCUUCUGUCUGAAGGACUGAAGAGUCCACACUGUACACUGGAAACUCUCAGUCUGUCAGGCUGUCUGAUCACAGAGGAAGGCUGUACUUCUCUGGCCUCAGCUCUGAGCUCCAACCCCUCCCAUCUGAGAGAGCUGGACCUGAGCUACAAUCAUCCAGGAAACUCAGGAAUGAAGCUGCUGUCGGCUGGACUGAAGGAUCCAGGCUGGAGACUGGACACUCUCAGGGCGGAGCCUGCUGGAGUCCGAUGGUUGACACCAGGUCUGAGGAAGUAUUCCUGUCAACUCACAAUCGACACAAACACAGUGAACACAAAGCUCCAACUGUCUGACAACAACAGGAAGGUGACACGUGUGGAGGAGGUUCAGUCAUAUCCUGAUCAUCCAGACAGAUUUGAUGUUCCUCAGCUGCUGUGUAGAAAUGGGCUGAUUGGUCGCUGUUACUGGGAGGUCGAGUGGAGAGGAGAGGUUACUAUAUCAGUGAGUUACAGAGGAAUCGUAAGGAAAGGAAAUGGUGAAGACUGUGUAUUUGGAUACAAUGAUCAGUCCUGGAGUCUGCACUGCUCUGUGAUUGGUUGCUGUGUCAGGCACAAUAACAGAGAAACAUCCAUCUCCUCCUCCUCCUCCUCCUCCUCCUCCUCUGUCUCUAACAGAGCAGCAGUGUAUGUGGACUGUCCUGCUGGCACUCUGUCCUUCUACAGAGUCUCCUCUGACACUCUGAUCCACCUCCACACCUUCAACACCACAUUCACUCAAACUCUUUAUCCUGCGUUUACAUUCUAUUCUCCUGGUUCCUCAGUGUCCCUGUAUCCAGUUGAUUUCAGGUGUCCUGGUCCAGGUGUGUUCCAGUGUACUUUGACUGGACUCAUGUUUGAUAUGAGUCAGGGGGCAGAGCUUCUGUACAGAACUGCCCAAUGGGAUGAAAGACUCCUUCAACAAGCCAGUAAGAUUGCUGCAGGCCCGCUGUUCAACAUCGAGAGUUCAGAGGAUGCAAUCCAUCAGCUCCACCUACCACAUUGUGUACCAAAACACGAUGUUCAGAGCAGAGACAAUCAGCCAAGGCUCCAGAGCCUCCCAGCAGACAAGCGUCUGUUCUCAGUUCGGAUUCAGUUUGUGGAAAAGGUGUCGGAUUCGACUCUGAACCAGCUGCUGGACAGGCUGCUCCAAGAAGAAAUUAUAACUAUGGAGGAAAUGGAAGCAGCCAGAAUCAAACCCAGGGCUGAACGAGCUCGAGAUGUUAUUGAUGUGGUGCGAAACAAAGGAGAAAGAGCCAGCUCAUUCCUGAUUGAAUUUCUCUGUGAGUUGGAUAAACACUUUUUUGGCAGCCUCGGCCUCAGCUAA